CCCACGAACCCGGCGAAAUAUCUUAUCUUCUCGUCCCCGCGCGCCAAGCCGCAGACUCACACAGAACCCAAAACCCUACGCCCCAGCCACUCACCGGAGAUGGCCGGCGGCGAUAUUCUCCUCCGCACCCACGGCGGCCUCCCCGUCCUCGCCAGGGCCUCCCCUUGCAGCCUCCGCCUCCGUCUUACAGCCAGCGGCCGUCGAGCCCCUUCUUCCCUGGCCGCCGCCAAGGUCGACAUCGGCGACGUCGUCAGCCAGCUCCGGUCGGGAAGCGCCCGCGGCGCGGCCGACCCGAAGAGGCAGCGGAGGGUCUCGGAAGGCGGACUUGCGUUUCCCAGGGUUGUCACGAGCAGGAUAAGGGGUGCCGAGGAGGAAGGGGAAGGGGAGGCUCCGCAAUUGGACGCGGAGAAGAUUGGCGGCGAGGCGGGUGGCGUGGAUGGCUCCUACCUCAGCGAGACACGGUUUGAUCAGUGUGCUAUUUCUGAAUUAUCACUGAAAGGCGUCAAAGAUGCUGGAUAUGGAAGGAUGACCCAGGUGCAGGAGGCAACUCUGCCAGUAAUCCUUCAAGGGAAAGAUGUUCUUGCAAAAGCGAAGACAGGAACAGGAAAAACCGUUGCCUUUUUGCUGCCAGCCAUUGAGGUUCUCUCUAAAUUACCCAGUUCUCAACGGAGUCAGUUGCGGUCGUCUAUAAAUUUGCUUGUGAUGUGCCCUACUAGAGAGCUUGCAAACCAAGUCGCUGUUGAGGCCAAAAAGCUUCUCAAGUAUCAUCGCUCGCUAGGUGUUCAGGUUGUAAUUGGUGGCACAAGAAUAACUCAAGAGCAACGUAACAUGCAGGCUAACCCGUGUCAGAUUCUUGUUGCUACACCUGGAAGGCUUAAGGAUCAUCUUGAGAACACACCUGGUUUUUCUACUCGGCUCAAAGGGGUGAAGGUUCUUGUUCUUGAUGAAGCUGACCGCCUACUUGACAUGGGAUUCAGAAGAGAUAUUGAAAAAAUUAUGGCUGCCACUCCUAAAGACCGUCAGACACUGCUGUUUUCUGCUACUGUUCCAGAAGAGGUCCGUCAAAUUUCUCACGUAGCAAUGAGGAAGGACUAUAGGUUCAUUAACACCGUUAAAGAGGGUGACGAGGAGACACAUUCACAGGUUAGCCAGAUGUAUAUGAUCGCACCACUUGAUCUGCACUUCUCUAUAUUAUAUGAUGUACUGAAGAAGCAUGUCGCAGAUGAUGCGGACUACAAAGUGAUUAUAUUCUGUACUACUGCAAUGGUCACGAAACUUGUUGCUGAAGUUCUGUCUCAGCUGAAACUGAAUAUAAGAGAGAUUCAUUCCAGAAAGUCACAAUCUGCAAGAACUAAGGUCUCGGAUGAAUUCAGAAGGUCAAAGGGUGUGAUAUUAGUUAGUUCUGAUGUAUCUGCCCGUGGUGUUGAUUAUCCUGAUGUCACCCUUGUCAUACAGGUUGGGAUUCCUGCUGGUAGAGAACAGUAUAUACAUAGAAUUGGUAGGACAGGACGGAAAGGCAAGGAAGGGCAGGGCCUCUUACUGUUGGCUCCCUGGGAAAGCCAUUUUCUUACCAGCGUGAAAGAUCUGUCGGUAUCAGAGGCUGUGACGCCUUCAGUUGAUUCAAGCACUCAAACAGAAGUGAAAGGUGCACUCAGAAGAGUAGAGAUGAAGAGCAAGGAAUCAGCAUAUCAAGCAUGGUUAGGGUACUACAACUCAAACAAGACCAUUGGUGGUAACAAGUCCAGACUUGUUACUCUCGGCGAAGAGUUCAGCCGGAGCAUGGGACUUGCAGCCCCACCAGCCAUACCCAAGCUCAUUCUUCGUAAGAUGGGUCUUAGCAAAGUUCCUGGCUUUCGAUCUACAUAGCCUGAUCUGCAAGGGCAAAAGCAGGACGCACGACUGGGCCAACCACAAUGCACCUCAGUGCUGCUGAUACUGGGGAUUUGCAGAUUGGUCUGCGGAGGAUGGUCAGAGUUUGGACAACCAUAGCUUCUCUCCGAGCUCAGAAGUCUUCACUUCCAGCGUGGCCACUGUAUUAUUUUUGACGCCAAAUCUUGACCGGUUCUUUAGUGCUGGUAUGCUAAAUCUUGACCGGUUCACUAUCCAUAGGAGACGGGUUCAGACAGACCCCAUUGAUUCAUUAUGUAAAGCAACAGACCAAACGAUUCAGUGUCCUGAUAGGAUAUGCUCCGAUCCUUUUUCAGAAAUGUAUUGCUCACUGUACCACAGGGCACCACAUACCUUAACAAACCCAUGUCGCUACGAUAUGUAUCAGCUAGUAUUUCUGCCUGUUGUAUGGAAUCAGGCUUUUUCUGAUGGGCAGAUUAA